GAUUGAAAAAUGCAAGAGCUCUAUGGCCUAUGGCAGUUAUUGUUUUCAAAAUCGACGAAGGGGUAGGGUGUCCAUCAUCUUCGAAAUGUAACAUGGCGCUGAAAGUAAUGGCCUACUAUGAGGCAACUACUUGUAUCAGGUUUAAAGAAUGGACAGGCGAGACUGAUUACGUGACGCUCAUCGACUGGGAGGACCCGUUAGCCUGCUUAGCCAACGUUGGCAGACUCGGCGGUCAACAAAGGGUGCUGCUACCAUCAUCUUGCUGGAAUGAAGGAAUUUUACUCCAUGAAUUCGGACAUGUUCUCGGUUUUUGGGAUGAGCAUAAUCGUUAUGAUAGAGACAAAUACAUCCGCGUCCUCUUCGACAACAUUAAACCGGCAGCCCAUCCGUUUUUCAAUAAGGCCCCUAAAAACUUAAUUAAUAUCCUGGGAGAGCACAUGGACUUCGACUCAAUCAUGAUGUACACCAUGUAUGCCUUUGCUAAGGAUAGAAAAUCUCCCAGUUUUGAGCCCGUCGAGACAGGAAAAGUGAUCAUGGAUAUAUGGAAAAAAAACAAACUGAGUGCCGGAGAUAUCCGAAGAAUAACCAAAAUGUACAGGUGCAAAGGUAAAAAUCAAAAACAAAGAUUUCCACUCAACGUCAUUUGUUCUUUCGACGAUAGCCCCUGUGGGUUCAAAGGCGCCGGGACAGAUGAAAAUAAAAAGGCUUGGUCAUGGACUCCAAAAAGAAGAGACACCGAGACUCGCCAAUUAAUAGGUGGAUACCUUUACAGUGACGUCGGGACAGCUAGACAUGAUGAUGCAUUUGCUUGGACAAUUAAUUUCCACAGUGUAAGCCCCCUUGAUGAAUACAGAAGUAAGUUUGGCUGCGUGAGUUUCUCAUACGUAGUCUUGGUCGAUUACAGAGUUACAUUGAAGUUACUCAUGACGAAUUUGGACUUUUCCCAUCAAAAUGUCUUCGAUGAAGAAUCGACAAUCGAGCUGUGGAGAGUGACGGUGGAUCAAAAUGUCAGGCGUUUCCUUCGGUGGCAGAGGGUGUCAGUCCCUAUCUCCGUGACUAAUCCUUUUGCGCUGACUUUCAAGUCCAAGUUUGAAGAUAAAACCGCGACAGGAUCGAUUUGGUUGGAUGAUUUCGAGUUGAAGUACGCACCGUGUUUGAACCCGAGGAGUAUUGCCUCCGAAGUUGACCAUCAGAAAUCCAGGCGCGAAGUUCCUAAAAGUAUCUUGAUGCAGAUACUUGAGAGAAUCGACAGGUUUUACCGAGACCGAGACAGUAACAGCCGACGUUCAAGUCUCCUGCGUUAUUGGUCCCGCGCCUCCAGCAGGCCAUAGAACCAUCGACGGUUGCAUACACUCUAGGAGUUCCCAACCGGAUCAUCAUUUCCGUGCUCAUUCGUGCGGAGUGGAAACUGUACAGGGUGUUUCCAGAUCAUCGUA